GAUAAUUUGUUACCUAACAGACAACCUUCAAGACAUGCGCUAACAUUCAGGGGUCGAAUACUUCAAUACCGACACUUGAAGGAGUACGUUCUUAUUUGGGAGGGUGUAAGGAGCUAUCAAGAACGGAAUCUAAAGAGGUAUCCAUAUUUCUAGAUAAAUAGAGCACAGCGUUAAAAAAAGAUGGCGCUAGAGUUGACUACGAAGUCUCGAUCCACACAAGAAGGCCGAGUCAACGGAGGAAUCCGUGAAACCGAAGUGAAGUCGUCUUCUUCCUCGCCCGAGAUGGUCUCCACAACCAACCACGCCAACUCCAACAUGGCCGCCUCUUUGAAGAGCGCUCUAGCGAGACCAAUCUUAUCAACGAGUAACCAAACUCCAAUUAGAGGGUACCCGAUGAACGCAGGGCCGCGGCUGUACGGCAUUCACAAGUCUCUAGCUUCCAUGGGGCUCUUUAACGGGAUGAAAGGGGAAACCAAACCGCACGACAUGCGAGCCGCCAAGGACGCCAUGAUGGCGCCCAUUCCGGUUCCCCUCCCUGCUCACAUCCCGCUGGAGACCCGGAUGUUGAUGGAGGCCCGGAUGAGAAGAGACCUGGGGCUGACGUCACCGAUUCCCAUGACCCCCCGCGGCCCAACGCCCAGCAUCUCCCUCCAGUUUUCACAGGAGGAGGUCGAUGCCGUCCUUUAUGGAUAUGUCCGAAACCAGAUCAACGAAGUACUUCCGGGUCAUGCCAUCUCGGGCAUCCGGUUUGCCGAAACUGAGGCCGAGCAUAGAGAAACAACGUUGGGAGGGAUACAAAGAGGCAAAGACAAGAGCCUUGCCAACCGCGCAAUGCUGGAUUUGCCCGAAGGGCUUGGAUUUUUCCAGACGCGAUUCACGUCAACAAAACACUUCGGCGUGUACUGCAAACAGGCGGCCAUCCCGAAAGGCACUCGCUUCGGUCCCUUCGUGGGUAAAAUCAUCAACAUCAGUGAGAUCAAGACUGACGACGACAACAGCCAUAUGUGGGAGAUCUUCCAAGAUGGCAAGCUAAGUCACAUGAUCGACGGGCGGGGGCCGACGGGAAAUUGGAUGGCGUACGUCAACUGUGCCCGGUACGCGCAGGAGCAGAACCUGAUCGCCAUUCAGUGCGAGGGGCAGAUCUACUACGAAGCCUGCAAAGAAAUUCCACAGGGUGCUGAGCUCCUGGUGUGGUACGGGGACUGCUACCUGCAGUUCAUGGGGAUUCCGGUAGCGCUGAAAGAGAUGGCGGACAGCGGUGCUGGGGCGGUGGCGGAAAACGGCGAAGCCAAAGAAGGCUACACGUGUGACAGAUGUGGCAAGGUGUUUGCCUACAAGUACUACAGAGACAAGCACCUCAAAUACACUAGAUGUGUCGAUCAAGGCGACCGCAAGUUUCCGUGCCACCUCUGCACUCGCUCGUUCGAGAAGCGCGACCGCCUGAGGAUCCACAUUCUCCACGUGCACGAGAAGCACCGCCCGCACAAGUGCUCCGUCUGCGGGAAGUGCUUCUCACAGUCAUCCAGCUUGAACAAGCACAUGCGAGUCCACAGUGGAGAAAGACCAUACAAGUGUGUGUACUGCAGCAAGGCCUUCACCGCGUCCAGUAUCUUACGGACGCAUAUCCGCCAGCACAGCGGAGAGAAGCCGUUCAAGUGCAAGCACUGCGGGAAGGCCUUCGCGUCCCACGCCGCGCACGACAGCCACGUGCGGCGGACACACACCCGCGAGAAGCCGUGCGCCUGCAGCGUCUGCGGCAAGUUCUUCGCACAGCCCUACGAGCUCAAGUUCCACAUGAACACACAUACCGGUGAGAAGCCAUACACCUGUGAAAAGUGUGGGAAAGGCUUCUUCAGCCCCUCAUCACGUGACCGCCACUGCCUCCGAUUGGACUGCUCCAUCGAGGGUGAUGAUGACGACAUGGACAUGUCCGCCAAUCAGAUGGCCACAAAUGGCGGUGCCUCGUCUCUUGUCGCCAUUCAGAAACAGGAGUUGGACAUAGAAGUUUGAAUCUGAAAGAACUUUUUUGCUAGAAUGCAGUUUAUGAAUAUCACGCCUAUCAACGCAUCCGCAAGUCAAAUGUGAAUGUGGCCCCUGAUAAUAAGUCACAAUUGCCAAAUUUCACAAAGACCAUACUUUUGCAUGUCAUGUCCAGAUAUAUACGACUACCGUCGGUUGGUCUGUACGUGAAACACGAAGACUUGUUUUGUUCAUGUCUAUGGGGCUUUCACCUUUGACCUCCGCAUGCGCAGUUGGAUACUUGCACUGGCCUUUACAUGCAUUCAAACGACAAAAGUAUGUUCGUUAAAGAAAAAUGCUAGACUUGAUUUGCUCGGGCUCUACGUAAAGAAUCAAAAGAUUCAAAUGCCAUUCGUUGGUGUAACGCCUUCAAUGCUGUUGCCGUAUGUGGCACAUUUGAAUCAAUAGUAUACAGUGUGUAGAUAUUCACUGAGAAAUCCGUGUGAAUAGUAAAACUGACUCUUAAUUUUUACAUGUCUCCGAGGAUAGAUACUGACAUCAUAUCUGGCAUCACUGGAUUUUUUCAACCGGGGAAAAAUUUAUCAACGAAACAUUGCGUUUUGUAAUAUAGAAAGCAGUUUUCCAAGAAGAGCUAAAACUGAAAGUAAAAGAGGAAAACAAGAGGGGAAAAGUUGAAGAAGAGUAAAUUUUAUCUCGUGAAUAGUUUGAAGACUGGACUUUGUACCAUUUUGUGCCAUUAUUAAGACGCCAAGAACAUCUCAGGGAAUUUUGUAUAAUUUUGACGGCCAUAAAAUUAAUCUUAGGCGCUCCGCACUUCAGACAUUUUUAAGGGAAACGUUUUUCGUAUUAAACAAGAAGCUACACGGUUGGAUCUGUUGCAUUGAUACAAAUUUGGCACUAGUGCGCAGUUACAUAACAAAUUUACUAAUAAAUCUUUAAUUUAAAACAGACAAUGGCUAUGGCUAUGAGUCAUAUUGGUUUUAUGAUGUAUAAUUCUGUUCGAAAACAGGCCCAAAUCAAAACUAGCCAAUGAAAACUGGUUAACGCACAUUAUCAAUUAGAAGGGUGAAACCAAAUGCUCUUAGGGAGAAAAAAUUAUUAUUUUGUAACAAUGCCCCCCCCCCCCAUCCCAAAUGUAUGGUUUGGUCAUACAAAAUGGCAUCGGACGUACUGUAUGUAUCUAUUUAUAGAAUUGAACGUUACCUCGAUGGUGUGAUGAUGUACAUAUGCAAAUGAAGUUUAUUCAUGGAUUUGCUACCAAUGUUGUGAAACUUAACGAUUUUCAAAAAGUUUUCUGUGAUAUCCGUAAAAGGAAGUGUUCAUUGGAAAGGGACACUAUUGAAGAACGGUCUGUGUCUUUUUGGGGAAUGUUGAGAACUGUGAUUAUGUUUGGACCAAUCAGCGUGCUUUAUUGACAGGGUCUAUGUUCUGAUUGGUUAGGUUAUAAGUAUCCCCAUAUAUGGAACAUUUUAUAUUGUUAUUUACUUUGUACUUGACCAAGGAGCUUGACUUGACCAACUAUGGUUGUUGUUUUUGUACCUCUAUUUAUACAAAAUGUGUCAUUUAAAUUCAGAAUGGUGUUUAUAUUGUCCGUAACGUAUUCCGCGUUUUUUAUGGAAAAAUUCUGAGUUUUAUGAAAAAGCAAAUAGACAGUCUGUCGGUUCUGUAUUGGAAGAUUGGUAUUGUGAUUUUAAGCAUUUCAUAAAGUUUUAGACCUACAGUCGCUGGGUAGACGACUUAUACUUGAUUUGACUAAUGAGAGUGAUGCUCCAAAACUGCUUGUUUACAACUGACGUCGAAUUUUCGUAUGGAGGAAGCUAAGAAAGGUGAUGAAAAAUCUGUGUUACAAAAUGAUUUAGGUUUAUAAAGAUAAGCAAAUGUUUCAACCACCGUAUAGAGACUAUGAAUACGAUGUAGAAGUCAAGGUUUCAUAAUAACCGUUUUGCCGAUUGACAAUCAUGUUGUAAAGUGUAAAACAUGUAUAUGUACUGUGAGAUAUCGGAUUGUUUAUAUACAGUGUUUUUAUACCGUUUUUGUUUUGUGUUUGUUUCAUUGGUUAUAUGCAUGGAAAUUUAACAGAGAUGGUGAAACACAGUAUAAAGAGAUAAACUGAAAGUAAACUCCAACUAAAAAACUGAAAUCGAUGGAAUUUUCGACUGGAUCGCUUCAGCUGUUCUGGUCACGUGACAUUCUGUACAUGUGACGUCGGCAAGAUGUCGGAACGGGGGACGGUACCGACUUUUAAAACAUUUGACCCAUUUGUGACGUCAUAGUUGCAGAAUGUCACGUGACAGCCUGAUCGAUUCAGUAUAAAGUUCAGGGGAGUCCAAUUUUUGAUUUGGAUAACAGCUUAUCUCUUCAUAAUACAAUACAGUUAAUAUUGUUUAGUUGUUGGCUAGAGAGGUCAACAUACAUGUAGUUACAAUGUAAUAUAUAAUUGUUUCUACAUCGUUGAUUCUUACGGUCAAAUUCUGUACAGAAGUACCACCCAUAAGACCCCUAAAAUAUGAUUUGUAUGGUCAAUAUAGAUCUAGACAGGAUUCUUAAUGCUUGUGUCAAUGGAAAAAGUAUCUCUAAGCAGGGAGGUCCUUGCUCUAGAGGACCACAAAAAAGUGUUCGUAAUGGUCUUCUAUCGAGGCGGUCACUUGUACAGGUUUGACUGUAUUUGACAGCGAUAGGACUUUAUUUUGCUUACUAAAUGUGACAAUCAAUGAAUGUUUUUUAAAUGUCAAUGUUACAUGUGUACAUGGAAAAUCAAGAAUAAAAUGCUAAAAUGUUA